UAAUGCGUGUCAUUAUGUGUAGUAGUGAACUACUAUAAAGUGCCAUCCCAUCUCUUUGAUUUCCAUAAACCAAAACAGCGAGCGAGCAAACAACACUUUCAUCAUAAUCUCAUAUACUUUACUUUACCUUUCGUAGUGUCAUUCAUAUUCCAUUGUAUCGAUCAAUAAUCUUGUUUGCAUAGUUAUCAUCAUGGCUGAGGAGAAUCAGAACAAAUACGAGGAGACCACUAGCACCACAAACUCUGAGACAGAGAUCAAAGACAGAGGUGUUUUUGAUUUUCUUGGUGGUAAGAAAAAGGAUGAAGAACAUAAGCCUCAAGAAGAGGACAUCAACACUGAUUUUAGUCACAAGGUGACUUUGUAUGAAGCACCAUCAGAGACCAAAGUUGAAGAAGAUCAAGGUGAAAAGAAACACACCAGCCUCUUAGAGAAACUUCACCGAUCUGACAGUUCCUCAAGCUCUUCGAGCGAAGAGGAAGAUGAAAACGGUGAGAAGAGGAAAAAGAAGAAGAAGGAAAAGAAGGAGAAGAAAGAGGACACAUCAGUGCCAGUUGAGAAAGUUGAGGUUGUUGAUGGAACAACAGUAGGUACUGAGGAGAAGAAAGGUUUCCUUGAAAAAAUUAAGGAUAAGCUUCCAGGACACAAGAAAACAGAGGAUGUAACAACUCCUCCUCCACCUGUUGUUGCUCCUGUUCCAACAGAGACAACAACAACUAGUCAUGAUCAAGGUGAGAAGAAGGGUAUUUUGGAGAAGAUCAAAGAGAAGAUUCCUGGUUAUCAUGCUAAGGCUACUACUGAUCCAGAUCAUCACAAGGAUGAGACUACAUCUCAUUAGGCUUUUCUGAUCUGAUUGAUCAAUUGUGGUGUUUUGUGGCUUUGGAUGGGGGGUGUGCUUGCUUUGUUUAAUUAAUUGAUUUCAUCAAGGCCUAAUUGUGGUUUUAUUUUGUGUUAAUUUCUUUCUUGAUGAUAUAUGCAUGUGGUACUUAUUUGUUUUUGUGUACUACAUAGAAAAGAAAACUUGUUUGGGUUUCUUUUCUCUUUUCUUAGAUUGAAAAAAAAAAUCGGUGUAUCAAAAGAAAUUAUGUAAUGAAUAAUAAUGUAUUAUGUUUGUGAAGCAGAA